UUUGCAGCAGGAGAACCAAGUCAUGGCCUUCAGCGAAGACGACCAGAAUCAUAAGGUUGUACUGGAUGUUCACGACUUCAAGAGUGGAGACGUUAAGGUCAGAGUGGAAGAUAAUCAGGUGGUGGUGGAAGGUCGAGUGGAAAAGGAAGAGGGCGACUUCAAGUCCAUGAAAAGCUUCUGUCGACGUUUCAACUUCCCAGGCAAAGUGGACAUGGAGGCCGUGACUUCCGCAGUGUCUUCCGAUGGCGUGUUGAGUGUCACGGCUCCGAAGGUUCCACAGGCAGCAUAGGAAAACAUAUUUCAUUAACUGGAACUGUAAUCUAAUCUUAGAGACAAUGUGUUUUCGGAGCUAUUUAUUGUUAUUUUUGAUAAUGUUAAAAUGAAUAGUGAUUUUGCUAUUUUAUAAAUAAAUUGUAUUUGUUUA